UAAAUCCGAAAAAAUGGGAAAACAAAACAAAAAGUAAAUAAAUUCCGACGAAAAAACGGAUUCGAAGUUCUUCUUCUUCCUCUUCUUGCUGGGAAUUUUGUUGUUCAUACAAAAUUAGAAUUUUCCCUCCAGCUGAUGUACCGGCGGGAAGGGUUUUUCUGGCAGUUCCGGCAGGUAUCAAUCGUCCAUUCGAAUCGCUUCUGCGAAAUUCGAGAUACCGCUUUUGUGGAACUGGAUUACUCUUUCAUUCAGGUGCUUUAGAGAGGAUUUUGUUGCGUUUCAGUAGCAAUGAAGGCCAUGGCGACCCUGCAGGAUCUGAUCGAGGAGGCUAAACUUCGAACGGUCUGGUGGGCUUUGUGUAUUUUCGCGAUUUCUUACUUUUUGACCCAUACUAGUAAGUCAAUGUGGAUGAAUGUACCCCUAGCAAUUCUAUUAGUUUCUGCACUACGUAUUCUGUUCAAUGAGGUAGAGUUCCGUAGAAAGAUCCGACCUAUUCAUCAACAGACAUACUUAUCUCACCUGGAGAAGAAGCAGCUAUCUGUUAAUGACUCGCGCCUUUCUUCAGCGCUUCCUCCACCAAGAUGGAAAAGGAAAAUUGAUUCUCCUGCCGUGGAGGCUGCAAUGAAGGAUUUCAUUGAUAAAAUCUUGAAGGAUUUUGUGGUUGAUUUAUGGUAUUCAGAAAUAACCCCAGACAAAGAGUUUCCUGAGCAGAUACAUGCGUUAAUCAUGGAUGCCCUUGGUGAGAUAGCAGUUAGGGUGAAAGAGAUUAACCUUGUUGACUUGCUCACGAGAGAUGUUGUUGAUUUAGUAGGUGAUCACUUGGACCUUUUUAGAAGAAACCAAGCUGCCAUCGGUGUUGAUGUUAUGGGAACGCUGUCUUCUGAGGAGAGAGAUGAAAGGUUGAAACACCAUCUUAUAGCUUCGAAGGAGCUUCAUCCAGCAUUGGUGUCUCCUGAGAGUGAGUACAAGGUCCUUCAACGACUCAUGAGUGGAGUGUUGACUUCAGUUCUGAGACCAAGAGAAACUCAAUGUCCUGUUGUUCGAUCCAUUGCUCGAGAACUUUUAACAUGCUUGGUGGUGCAACCUCUUAUGAAUUUUGCAAGUCCUGGGUGCAUAAAUGAGUUGAUCGAAUGUAUAGUCCUUGCCACUAGAGCUGAGAAUGACUCUGUGAUAGGUGGUCAACAACAAACUCAUUCUUCAGAUGUUGACAAAGACCAUUCUUCUACUGCUGGAUUUGUACAUGAUGAAGAUUUGAACAGAAGGAACUCAUCUUUAAAUCCAGGGAUUGGUUCAGAGCUUGCUAAAGUUAACAAUAAAAAAGAAAUCAGCUCUGAUUACAUGUUCCAGGAUGAGCCUUUGCAACUGAGACAUGGUGAUUGGGGCCGUGCGUUGAAUGCAGCCACCCAAAGGAGAACUGAAGUUCUCAUGCCUGAAAAUCUUGAAAACAUGUGGACUAAAGGACGAAACUAUAAGAAGAAAGAAAAUAGGAUCAUUAAAGUAGGAGAUUCUGAAUCUAUGGCUACGACAAAGAAUUCUGGAACAAGUAUCAUGCAGCCUGCAACAACAACGACAACGAGGGAUGAAAUGUUGACUGGCAAGCAUCGUUCUUCUACUGGGCCAGAAGAAAAGGCAAUAAUAGUUAGGAGAACACCUGUAAGACAUUCUGAUUUCUUUUUGACCUCCAAACCAGGUGAUGAGAACAAAAUUGGUUUUCAGUCUUCUCUGGAACUUCAGAAGGAUUCAUCUAUCGAUGCAAAGUUUAUUGCUAAUGAAUUAAAGGAUGUUGAUAAUCUUACUCCUGCUAGUGCAACUAAAAUUCAACUCAAGAGAUCCAAUAGUACUUCUGCUUUGACAACUGAAGUUAGUGUAGAAAAGACUUCUACAGAAGGUGGAAGAUCUAUUAUAUCAGAUUUCUAUGGUCCCAAUUUUCGAAAGCAUGGUGAAGAGCCCCUUGCUAAGAGUGCCUCGGAUGUGGUGAUCCAAAAAGAAGGUCUACUUGUUCCCAAACUUAGGAGUCGGGUGAUGGGCGCAUACUUUGAGAAGCUUGGUUCAAAAUCUUUUGCUGUGUAUUCAAUAGCUGUUACAGAUGCAAAUAACAGAACUUGGUUUGUCAAGAGAAGGUACCGAAAUUUUGAGCGACUACAUCGGCAUCUUAAAGAUAUUCCUAACUAUACACUGCACCUGCCUCCCAAGCGAAUAUUUUCAUCAAGCACAGAAGAUGCUUUUGUUCACCAACGUUGCAUUCAACUUGACAAAUAUUUGCAGGAGCUAUUAUCAAUUGCAAAUGUUGCCGAGCAGCAUGAAGUAUGGGACUUUUUAAGUGUUUCCUCAAAGAACUAUUCUUUUGGAAAAUCUUCCUCAGUGAUGAGAACAUUAGCAGUCAAUGUGGAUGAUGCUAUGGAUGACAUUGUACGCCAGUUUAAAGGGGUUUCCGAUGGUUUCAUGCGUAAAGUUGUUGGUUCAACCUCACCUGAUGAAGCUUGUGCCUCGUCAAAUUAUGACCGGAAGUUUUCGUUUAAUUCAGCAGACUUAAGCAAAUGUGUUUCUGCACAAUAUAAUUUAGAAAUAGCUAAUAACCUGUCUGACGAGGAAGGUGAGCAAAUUCAAAAUAAAAAAUGUGAAAAGGUUAGUGGAUGGCAUUCGGACAAUGAAUUAAAUUCUAAAAGCUUUCCCCCUCGUGUGAUCAAACGUGGUGAAGAGUCGGUUAAAUUAGUUGUUGAGAAGAAGAAUGAUCUAGAUUUGAAGUCUGGGACCAGCCAUGGAGGAUUUUCACAAAUUUCAUAUCAUAUGGAAGAUCCAGAAGGAAUGCCACCAGAGUGGACUCCACCUAAUGUAAGCGUACCUCUUCUAAAUCUGGUUGACAAGAUAUUUCAGCUUAACAGGAGAGGCUGGAUAAGGAGGCAGGUCCUUUGGAUAUCAAAACAAAUAUUACAGUUAAUUAUGGAAGAUGCUAUUGAUGACUGGAUUGUCAGGCAAAUUCACUGGCUACGGAGAGAGGACAUCAUUGCUCAGGGUAUUCGAUGGGUCCAAGAUGUUCUCUGGCCCAAUGGAACAUUCUUUAUACAAUUGAGAAAUGCUCAAAGUGAAGAUGAUGAUUCUCAAUCAAGUCGAACUGAUGGAAGUAAGAUCCCUAAGCCUGGAUCAUUUGAGCUGCAGCUCGAGGCUGCUCGCAGAGCCAGCGAUGUCAAGAAAAUGCUUUUUGCUGGGGCUCCGACACCAUUGGUAAGCUUGAUAGGACACAAGCAGUACAAAAGAUGUGCAAAAGAUAUAUACUACUUCACUCAGUCGACGAUCUGUGUGAAGCAACUUGGGUAUGGAUUACUUGAACUAUUGCUCAUAUCACUUUUCCCUGAGCUACGGAAUUUAGUUCUGGAGAUUCAUGAUAAAUCACACGUCUCGCAACCAGUUUAGUGAGUAAAAACAGUACUCUACGACCUCUGUUCCAGGUUGUGCCUUCUUCUUCUUCCUCCAAUCCCCAACCCAGAAUCUCAAGUUUUUUUUUGUCUUAAUCUAGCAUUUAGGUUCCCUCAGUUUUGAUGUUGAUAGAAGUAUUCAAGUGAUUGACACUAUCGGGAGUUUUGUGGAUUGCUGGAAAUUCUUUUGUGAAUAGAAAUGAUUCUGCUUGUCCUUUUUAUUUUUAUUUUUAUUUUUAACUGUAUAGAAUUUUAGUUUUAGGGUGUGUAUAGAAUUAGUGGUACAGCAGGUGAUGGAAAAUAUUUCAAAUCUUGUUCUAUUGUAAUUUAUGAUCCUUUCUCCUCAUGCUCUGUUGAUUCAACUUUUGAUUGAUAUUGAAAAUUAUUUAUUCAUUAUUCAA